CUGAGAGCCGCGAGUUGGCAGAACCGGCUGCAUUUCCAGCAGGCGCUGCGCGCACCGUGCGGGCUCCCAAGAUGCUCAAGGUGUCAGCCGUGCUGUGUGUGUGCGCGGCCGCUUGGUGCAGUCAGGCUCUCGCAGCUGCCGCGGCCGGGGCUGCGGCCGGGGGGCGGUCGGACGGCGGCAAUUUUCUGGAUGAUCAGCAAUGGCUCACCACCAUCUCGCAGUACGACAAGGAAGCCGGACAGUGGAACAAAUUCCGAGACCACAAGUGUCUCUGGGACAUUUGCAAGGCAGAAAAUACACCAAGUCAGAUUUGCCAGCUGAUCCACAGAGACUUUCUUUACGCUUUCGAUUUUGUAUCUUGAUAUCAGAGA